UUAUGCCUCCCUCAGCUCUUCAUCGCCUUGCAUCCUUGCAUGUCGAGUACCCUAUGUUAUUCGAGUUGACUAAUGCUCCUGCGGAAAGAAUCUCUCAUUGUGGGGUUUUAGAAUUUGUUGCAGAUGAGGGCCUGAUAUACGUACCAUACUGGAUGAUGGAGAACAUGCUCCUCCAAGAGGGAGAUAUUGUGCAGGUGAAAAAUGCUAGCUUACCAAAGGGAACCUAUGUGAAGCUGCAGCCGCACGCUAAUGACUUCUUAGACAUCUCCAACCCCAAAGCAAUCUUGGAAACUGCACUGAGGAAUUACUCUUGCUUAACCAUUGGAGACACUAUCAUGGUCCCCUAUAACAAUAAGAAGUACUAUAUUAAUAUAGUUGAAACAAAACCCACCCCUGCAGUCAGUAUCAUUGAAACUGAUUGUGAGGUGGACUUUGCCCCUCCUCUUGAUUGUAAAGAACCUGAAAAGCCAGCACCCUCUCUACGAUCGAACAAUAUUGCACCUAAAGGUUUUUCCCUCUUUUUUUUCUUUUCGUUUUUUAGUUUAUAGAAAAAAAUUUCAUUGUUGAAUUUGACUGUUACAUUUGCAAAUUAUUCCAUUCAACAAAUGACCAUUCUACGAAUAUUUCAGUUGAAGAAGAGCCACCAAGAAAAGUUGCCAAGUUCAUCCCUUUCAGUGGUUCAUCAAGGCGCUUGGAUGGCAAACCCUUGACACAACCAGCUCCACUACCUGUCUCUCCCUUGCUUAAACAAUAUAAUUCAAAUGAAGCUGUUGCUUCCAAGUCAUCAAGCUCUACUUCACGUCAACAUUCUGGGAAGCUUGUGUUUGGUUCGAAUGAAAAUCAGCCCCCAGAGGAAACAACAAAAGUAUGUUGUGCUAUACUAGUUUAAUGAUACAAGUUACUCUAGUCAUUCACAUAAAUAUUUUAAGAAUUCUUAUUUUAUUUCCCAAAAAGUCAAUUCACAUUUAGUUCUUUCGAAUUCUUAUUGGCUUUGUCCGUAGGUUGCCAUGAAGAACAGUCAAGAGCCGCCUAAAGAGGAAGAACCAAAGUUUCAAGCAUUCACAGGGAAAAAGUAUUCACUGAAAGGCUGAUCACAUUCAAACUUUUAUGUGGGCCAUCCUUCUUUCAUAUUUCAAAUAGCCCAUUUUUUGCUGAUUGAAGACCCUUGCUCCAAAGGGCCCAAAAACUUAUCUAGAUUUUUUUGCUAGUAUACAUUUCAACUAAUUAUAUUCAGACUGAUUCAAAUUUUGGUAUCGGCAUAGGGCACAUGAAUGGUUACAUGUCAAGGGUAAAAGAGACUGGCAAAGAGUAUAUAGACAAGAUAUUUAAAUUUAGGUGUAUAUAAAGCUGAAAAUCAGCAGUUUUUAAAGACGCUUGUGGGUAUGUUCUCAUUUCCUUCUUCCCUCUCCGAGAAGCAGAUGCCUUCUGUUUUAA